UAAAGUUGCGUAAAUAACAGCUUUAACGAGUAACAGUUAUCUCGAAGAAUCCUUCAGUGUUGACGUUAUUAUUAUCGUCGAUUGAAGUACGAAGGAGAAGUAAUGUAACAGCUUUUCGCUUCGAAAUGGCGAGAUAUUACCUCGGUUAUCAUAUUUUCCAGGAGUCACAGCCUUUACCCUCUUUCGAGUUCAAUAAAAUCCGUAUAAUAAAAUAAACGUAAUGUUGCGAGGGGCAAGAUCGUUCGUCCAUAAAAUCCAUAUUGCGAUAGAAAGGACUCUUUUCUCUCCUUUUGCCUCGAACGACGAUCGAAGAACGAUAAAUCUGCGACUCGGUGACCCGGAGAAAAGCGAGAUCGCCGAAAGUUCGUCCUCGAAAACACCAGAGAUUAUAGUAACUGCACGGCAGCUCGUUAGCGUCCAUAAGGGGAGAGAGAGAGAGAGAGGGAGGGAAGCGUUUCAAGUGGGAAACUUUCCUCAGAAGCUAUGCCAACUACGAUUUUGUUGGUAUAACAACGGAAAGGAAAUACGUCAGAGCAUAACAUAAUGGCACCGUCGACGAAAAAACCAAAGGAACGUAAAGUCGCGGAACACGCUAAACGAAACCCUUACUCUCGUCAAUGGUGCUGCAAUUGUCACUGUACGGACGCUCGGUCACGUUUGCGAGAAGAGAUCGACGUGCAAGAACUAAUUUGGAAACUUUUAAAUAUUACGAAACAUAACCAAGGUGAUGCGAAACAAUAGCACUAUUUGAAGGAUCGUUUAAAAGUUUAACUUAGCGGAGUAUGCAAGCAAAGUCUACGAUAUAUGUAGAUUGUGAUAAUAGGGAGAGCAAAGGAGAGAGCAACGUGGCCGCUAUCUCGAAGAAGAAUGCAACGCGAGAGAAGCGAGCGUUAUUUACGUAUGUCCCCGUUCGAGAGCGUUUCGAUAUCGCGUGCUAGCUCGGAAUCCGAAGCAGCCACUUUGGAGAAUCUGAGAGAAGCGACGGAUGCCGCGAGCAGCAAUUCCUUCGUGGAAAGCAUCGGGCCACGCUCGGUAGACGCUAGCAGAACUUUGUUAAACAAACGAUCCAUCCUCCAAGUCAUUAACAAUUACAUCAAGGCUGGCAUCGAGGAAGGUAAACGACAAGCAAAAAUCUAUAUCCGCAAGGCACUCUGGUUCGGCGUGAAAUCGGGAUACCUGAUUCCUGCAGACUCUCAGGGGCAAGUACUCAAGGUAUCCCCCACGUUGGCCAAUUCCACGAGAAGAAUCGGCAGGGAGUUGCGAAGGGAAAGACUUCGAGCUCGUAAGCUCGACGACAACGGCCUCGAAACGGUUCAACGAAAGACCCGAAGGAACUCCUUCUCGCGAUAUACUAAAAAGUCUCGCGACGAAUCCACCGACUCCGCGGUGUCUCGGCGAAACGUUCAAAAAUCUAAACGUAAGAAAAACGUUGCUCGUCUCCCUAAGAGCGACAAGGAUAAACCGGGGCGUCGGCCAAGGAAGGAAACGAGGUUUGUGCCCGACCAGAUUAUUCUAAGAUCAUACCCCGUCCGGACGUUUCCCUCCUCUUCGAUAACGUCUCGCGUCUCGUUUUCGUUGCCCCUAAGGACGGGAAGAGUCGAGAAGAAACGAGCCGAGAGAAACGAGCCGAACGAUCGAUUCUCGAAGGAGUCCUUCAAGGAACGUCGGACGAUUUCGAAAUCAGCCUCGAAAGGGAACGUUCGAAACGAUCUCGAUCUCAACGACAGAAAUUGUUCGGAGAACGAGGAAAAGCGUCAGAACAAACGAGAGCUCAAGGAGGUUCGUAGCGAAUUCAUGGGAUGCCCGAUCCCGAAGCAUCGAACGUUCCUGCUGACGGAUCGAGAAAGCGAGUCGAGGGACAAAGCCGAGGAAGGAGAAAAGAGAGGGAACAACGAGGAUCAACUGGAGGAUUCCGUUUUAAAGGGAAGCGAGGGAUAAGAAUUUCAAAGGGACGUAAUAAUCUUCUCGAUGCCGCUAGACCACGACGACGCUUUGUCGACGAAAAGUGGACGCUUUCGAUCCAAUUUUUUAUAUUCGCUUUCAGUUUUAUCGUUUUCUUUUAUUUCUACUCGGAAUCUAAAUAUAUAUAUUUGACAACGCUUUCGACAUUUCUCGCGUAGACACUUGCGACAUUCCUAUAGAAGCAAGUAAAACGAAGGGAGGCCGAGCCAAGUGCCGGACGAGACGUGCCGUUUCGAUACGGCUACCUGCCAUCGACGGUUGGAUCGCCCUCGCGUCGCUUUUCGUUAUCGCUUACUAUACGUUCGGAAGUUGGCGAUUUGUCUCGAACCAUUUCUUCGUACGUCGAAUGUCGAGGGAGAAAAAAGAAGGAAAAAAAAGAAAAAUAUGACAAGUCGGUCGACUUAUCGCGGCUAGAUCGGUCCUACACAUCCCUCAUUCCAUCUUCUUCCGAUC